AUGUUCAGCAGAGGUCCCGGGACCAUACCAAAAGAUACAAAAAAACGGAACGCACUUAUCAACCUGAAGGCUGACGCGUUCGAGCAGCUAGAAGACGAGCACGGUGCGCGUCAAGGCUUUUGCCACAUUCGAAUUCAACAACGUACUGGAAGGAAGACUAUCACCACUGUUCAGGGUGUUGGUACAGAAUACGAUUUGAAGAGGAUUGUUCGAUUCCUUAAAAAGGUCAGUUGCUAA